CAGCAUGGCAGCCCUGUAUGAAGGAUACACGUUGUGUGGGCUUGUUCCAGAUCAAAAUGUGUCAAGUUCAGGCAUUCAGGGGAUCGAAGAGGAGAGAGAUACUGAUCAUGUCGUGGUCACGGAUUCAACCAGAUCCGUGACUCUGUACAAGGUGUCAGACCAGAAGCCACUGGGCAGCUGGACGGUGAAACAAGGACAAAAACUGACCUGCGCAGCAGUCUUUAACUCACAAACCAAUGAAUAUGUGGCAGUAACAGACAACAAGGUGAUAAGAGUUUGGAAGGAAGAAGAUAUACUAUUGGACAAAGCCUUCAAAGCAACAGUAUCUUCAGAUGUCUGGAAGGUGCACUGUACACAUGGAGGAGAGCCUGUGGUCUUGUUUCAGAGAGGAGCUGUGAGACUGCUGGACUCUCUGCUUGCUGCUCCCCAGCAGACCAUAGAGGAAGUCUUGGUUCAAGAAGAAGCAAUUAGGUGGAGCACCAUCAUAUUAGCGGAGACCCAGCAGUUUGUCAUCUUCACAACUGAACAGAAAGGAGACCAUUUCCUCUACCUGCAGAGACUGAACCCAAACUCUCUACAGAGGUACCGGCUGGAGAGAGAAGAGCCUGGUCUUUCCCCUCUCAGCUUCUCUGCCACUUACACGGAUAAGCACAUCUGCCUCCUUUAUCUCUACCCUAAUGGUCACGUGUACAAGAGUGUACUCUCUGUGCGGGGACUCGGGACUGAAGAGGGGGCCCAGCCCAUACCAUUGCCUCGUACCCUUCUGCUGAGUCUUCCUGUUGUUGAUGGCCUGCUGGAGGCAGCAUCAGCCAUGGCUCUGGAUGAAGCCCACGUAGCUGUCGUUGGGGUUCCACAUCCCUCUGCUGGAGCUGGGAAAGACUUUCUUUGCAUCUGGAAUACCAACUUUCAGACGGUUCAAGCUGGAAAAGAGAUGGCUGGAAAGCUCUACGGACAGCUCUGGAGUUAUUCCAACAAGGUGUUUAUUCCACAUGGGAAAACCCUCUCUGUUAUACCUUUUGAGUGCACCAAAUCUUCCCUUGCCGCUGCCGUGGGGAAAUUAAGACAUGCAAAGACUGAAGAGUUGAAGGCUCCAGCUUCUGUGCCAUCUUGGAAUAACAUUCUUCAUGGGGAGAAAGCUCAGCCCUCAAAAUCAGUGGAAACGAGGAGGACGAGAACCCGUAAGACCCAGUCAACACCGAAUUUAACAAUUGACCAAGUAUUAGAGCUCAUCAAGACAGCACCAGUGGAAGAGAUCCAAAAAGAGGUGGAAGGGUUCCUGACCAGGGCGGACCUCCAGGACCUGCAGCCCUCGGUGGGACAGCUUGCAUCAACCCUUGUGUCCCGGAGCCUUGCUGAUCCAGCUUUCUACUCUUCUAGCACCCUGACACAGCUAGUGCACACUCAGUGCCUUUGCCACAGUGUGUGUCCUGACCUUGUGCUCCUGGCCCUUGAGAAGAAGGAUUACUUCCUGUGUCAGCUCUGCUUGCAGUUCUUCCCUGAUAUUCCUGAAGCUGUUACCUGUGCCUGCCUAAAGACAUUCAUCAGCAUGCCAGAUGUUGAUGCUGAGAAGGUGAGCUUGGAGCCCGACAGUGUCUCUUUCAUGGAAACCCUGAUCUCGAGAGAACAUGCAGAGGCUGGCUUGCAGAAUGGUUUUAGCCCCAUUUUCUUAGAGGAGGAUUGUCCAGAUGCCGUCAGAGGCCGUCAGACCAAAGCUGAAGACAAGGAGAAGGCUUCCGCUCCAUCAAAACUGAUUUGUCCGGUCGGAUUACACAAGGCGGCUCUUCUAAAUGAAGUCCUGCAGACGGCAUACAGCGAAGCCUUUCUCCUCCCACACCUAAAAGAUCUCUCCUCUCAACAUGUUGUUCUUUUCCUCCAGUACCUGCAGUUUCUAUACCUAAAAUAUUCCCAAGAUGCUUUGCCACAGAUGGAUGGAGUUAGAUCACCAAGUCUCGCUCAGAUCAUGGAUUGGGUGUGUUUGCUGUUGGACGCCCAUUUUACAGUGCUAGUAAUGACUCCAGAAGCCAAAGGGUUACUGCUGAACCUCCACAGCUUUGUUAAAUCUCAGGUGAGACUGGUUUCUGAGCUCGGAAAGAUUGAAGGAAGCCUUCAAGAGCUCAAUAAGUUGAAGGUGAAGGAGAGCGUCGGACAGUACUCCAUUGAAAUCAUUGAGCUGUUUUAGAAUGUGUACAAAAUACUUUUAAUAAAACAUUUAUAACAUCAUCUCCUUCCAGCUUCUGAACUAAAAUGAUUUCAAUGCUGUAUGUGAAAAAUUCCUGAUUGUAGACCUUGAGUGUUGCAGAUGUCUUUUAACCAUGUUUUAAAUGUGUUUAAGCAAGCAAAAUGUUUGUAGUUUGCUGAAUUGCAUGUUAAAGUUAAGGUUUAAUGCAAAAGCCACCUAAUGCAACAGUAUGGUUUGGGAUUGCAAUAUUAAUAAUGGGGCUUUCCCUUUAAGUUAAUGACUUACUUUUGUAUGUGUCAUAACAUUUUUUUUUUCUAGAAUGAAAACCUUUUUAUGCUGAAUAUAAAAAAUUACAAUUAA